GAGGGGUGGAAGAGAACUCAGAAACCAAAGAGAGGACCCUGUGAAGAUCAUCUCAUCUCUCAUCAUCUUUCAACAAUUUAUGUUGUGACAUUCACUCUGGGUGGCAAAUGGAGAAUCACACCUACCCUAAGAACAUGUUCCUCCUGGAGGGGUUAAAGGUCACUCAACAGUCCUCCUACCCUGCCUUCAUCCUUCUCCUCAUCAUCUACAUCUUCACGAUGGUAUCCAACAUCGGCCUCAUACUACUGAUCUCCAUGGAGAGGAGCCUGCACCAGCCCAUGUACAUCCUCUUCUGCAACCUACCUCUCAAUGACGCUCUUGGAGCAACGGUUAUCAUCCCUCGUUUGCUGAGUGACAUAUUUGUGGCAAGCGCAGAACGCUACAUUAACAACGUUGCGUGUGCCAUCCAAGCAUUUUGCGCCCACAUGUUUGGCACAACAUCACAUACAAUACUGAUUAUCAUGGCCUUUGAUAGAUAUGUGGCCAUCUGCUACCCCCUGCGAUAUGCCACCAUCAUGACCAACAGGAUGAUCGCAAAACUGACUUUUUUUGCCUGGGGGUCUGCCUUUCUGCUUGUGGGGGUCCUCCUGGGCCUCACACUCAGCCUGUCACGAUGCAGAUCUGAAAUCUUCAACCCCUUCUGUGACAAUGCCUCAUUAUUCAAGCUCUCCUGUGAAAGCGUUAUUAUUAACAAUAUCUAUGGACUCACUUUUACCAUCCUACUCCUGGGGUCCUCCAUAGGGAGUGUGACACUAACAUACCUUAAGAUAGCUAUGGUGUGUAUGAGAAACAAAAACAGGGUUCUGAAUAGCAGGGCCUUGCAGACCUGCUCCACACACCUGUCUGUGUACAUCAUCAUGCUGGUGUCCGGUUUCAUCAUCAUCUUUCUCCAUCGCUUCCCUCAGUGGGCCGACCACAGGAAACUGUCAGCCAUUAUGUUUCAUGUGGUUCCUCCUUGGCUCAAUCCUAUUAUAUACGGUCUCCAGACCAAAGAGAUCAGACAGAAAAUCUUCAACAAGUUUCAAAAUAAUAAAGUGACUGUAUGAUGAAUGGUUGUAAGAAAAAAAUAUGUAUUAAUUCUUAUUCUGAUUUGUCUCUCUCUCCCUCUCUCUCUCGUUAUGAAAAGCCAACUGACAUUGGUGUUGAAUUGUUGCACCCUCUAGGCCAUGGGUUCACAUUUUCACUCGGAGGCCCCUUUCCAGCAUUGGGGAACAUCACCCCCCCAGCACAUGUGCACAUGUGCGACAUCUAUUUCUGUGGGCACAGGCACUGUUCAUGACACAAACUGUUCCCACCCCUCUUAUUGGUGGAGAGAAUUUAGCACGUCAAGCUAAUCAGGCCCUCGAAGACUGGAGUUGCCCACCCCUGCAUGGUGCUGCAAUCAUUCCAAAAUGUCUCUAACAGACCAAGAGGGAAGACAACUGUUUAUCAAGUGCCACAUUGUUUUUCAUAAUUUGUGCCACUUGAAAACCAAACCCAGAAUCAAACUGAAAACACAUUUGAA